AUGCUGAGAAGUGCUUCUGGCAAUUUAGGUGCGACUGCGCUUCGCAGUCGACCUGGGCCUCUGCGUACCAUCCGUCUAGCAUCCUCCAAGGCUCCCGAUGCAAAGACGAAAACUCCACCCUCCAUCAACGCCAACCCAAGACCAAAACAGGCACAUUAUGCACCUCCAAUCUCUUCCAGAAAUGGUAUCGAUUGGAGUGCCACCUACAGAGUCAUCUCGAUUGCCACGAAAUGCAUGGCUGCCGUGUUCCUAGCCGGCCACAUCUUUGUGGAAUACUUUUACAUGUCCAGUGCAGCUUAUGGCAUCUCCAUGGUUCCCAAUCUCAACUCUACAGGAGACUGGCUCUGGAUAAGCAAGUAUUAUCGAAGGGGUCGAGGGAUCGAAGUGGGUGAUCUUGUGAGCUUUCAGCAUCCCGUGCGGGAAGGUGACUACGCUGUCAAAAGGGUCAUGGGACUCGAAGGCGACUUUGUACUCAUGAACACACCUGGAAAAAGCGACGCCAUGAUACAGAUCCCUGAAGGUCAUUGCUGGGUCGUUGGAGAUAAUCUGCCCCAUUCUCGAGAUUCACGUAUGUUCGGCCCCUUACCCCUGGCUUUGAUCGCAGGAAAAGUGAUUGCAAGAUGGGGAAUGGGUGACCUAGAAUGGCUGCCCCGAUUCCAAAGGCUAGACAGAGGCCUGUCGGAUGGUGAUGACUCUGACAGUAUUGUCAAUUGA